GUUUUUGUGUUGUGUUAAUAAAAAUGAGUGAUUUUUUAUUUCCUGGCGAACGCCUCCUAAAUGAAGUGAUGAGCGAACAUCAGGGAGAGUUGAUGAGGACAGGUAGUCCUAAUAUAAUAUGUUCGGCACUUCCAUCCCAUUGGAGAUCAAAUAAGACACUUCCGGUUUCAUUCAAAGUUGUUGCGUUGUCCGAAGUAUCGGACGGAACUAUAGUGACAAUACGUGCGGGCAAUGAUGAGAACUGGUGUGGAGAACUCCGGAAUGCUUCGGCUAUCAUGAAGAAUCAGGUGGCAAAGUUCAAUGACCUUAGAUUUGUCGGCAGAUCCGGCAGAGGCAAAAGUUUUUCAUUAACCAUAACGUUGAGCACAAAUCCGCCUCAAAUAGGCAUAUAUGCCAAAGCUAUUAAAGUGACAGUCGAUGGUCCCCGAGAGCCCAGAAGCAAACUUAGACAUCAGCAGCAUUUAAGAGCAUUUGCCACUGCUUUUGGACAUCCAAGACAACCAUAUUUUGAUUCCCGAAGUUGUGGUAUUCCUUCCAUUUCAACAAACGAGUGGCGUUUGGCCGCACAGGCGGCAGCCGCACAUGUGGCCAGACUUCCGGUUACAGGUCAGGAAAUAACUCCGGGAUUACAGCUAUCGACUACCAGUGCAGCAACCGAUACAUGGAAUACUAGCUCUGCAUUUACCACACAUUAUGCGACAACUGCUGCCUAUUACAUGACUAAUCAAUCAAAUUGUAGUGAUUUUCAUCAAAACCAAUUGAUUGAUAGCAAUACAACUAUAUAUAACCACAACUCAAGUGCACAUCUUAGUGAUGUUCAUGAGGUUAGACCUAUCACUUGUUCCACAAGUCAUUUGACAAAUGAAAGCAACAGUAGUAGUACUGGUGUUAAUAGUAGUCAUAAUAGUAGUCGACUCUCAGAUCUUAAGCAACGCUGUGAACUGAGUUCUCCAUUAAAAAGCACUUCCGAUAUAACCAAACCAAACACAAACAUAUUAGAUACAAAUAUCAAUCCGUCCUCAUUCACAGCACCCACAUAUCAAAAUACAUGUACUAGUAGUGCAACAACAUAUAUACCAUCCAAUUCAUUGUUAAAUCAUAACUAUUAUGGUCCGACCUGUGGUCCAUCAGGACAGUCACAAUCGCUGUCAUUGUCAUCACUACCCCCACUACCAAGUCUUCCCUCUGGGAAUGGCUCUAAUUUAAUGUCUUCGUUAAUAUAUCCACCUCUGUAUUCAUCAAAUUCAAGUCUACAACAUUUAAUAACUAAUCGCACAAACAAUUUUUUGGUAAUUAUCUAA